UCAAUCGAAACGAAAAAUAAAGCUUUUUAAAACGAGCCAUAGUACGCAUAGUCCAUGUGCUCCAAGGCUUUGCUGCUCCUGGCCGCCAUGCUGGCUGUGCGCUGCUUUGGCAGCGGGUCUUCCAGGCGUACGCUUGCAUUGGCCUGUGAGGAGGUGGAUGCCACGGACGGGGACGCAUUAGAAGCUGCAGUCGCGCUCGAAAACAAUAGAUAUAGCAGUAAUAACAACAACUACAACUACGCGUUUGGCGACGUUGGUGGCAUUGCGGAUAGCAACGACAACGAGCUGAACAAUGACAACUAUAACUACAACAAAGCAGUGGCCAAAUGGCAGCAGCACCAGGGGCUCCUACAGCAACAGAAGCUCUACGGAAAUCCCAUUUACAGCAUAUACGACUUCAGUCGAAGCCAGCCGCAGCAACGGCAACAACUACGGCGUGAGUUUGAUGAUGAUCCAGUGAAUGCUGGCAAUGACUUCCGUCUGCAAUUGUCCGACUGGCAGCACCACAACAGCCCGGACCAGGACAACGACAAAGACAACGACAACAGCAGCAGCAGCAGCAGUGAAAACAAUGCUGACAGCAACAGCCAGCCGCAACAACGGGAAUUGUUGCUGGAGCGCCGGAGUCGCAUCAGUCGAAGGGAACCAGAGGAGGGUCAGCCGGAGCUUUAUGAUAACGAAUAUGCAGCAGCUGCUGGUGCUACCUCUGAUGCUGCUCCUGAUGCCAAUGCCGACAUUGAGGGCGAGGAAGACUAUGCCGUGGCUGCCGAGGAUGCGGAUGAGCUGAGUGAACAGCUGCCAUACGGCAUUCAGAAUGUGCGCAAGCGUCGCGUUCGCAGCGUUAUGCCUCCCGCUCAACAGCUGCUGGCUCCUAGCCCUAACAGUGACGAGGUAACCUAUCAGUCGCUGUGCCCCACCAAUCGAGUCACCGUCAAGUUGGACAGCGGGGACUACCGCCCUAAUCAUUAUGUAGAGGUCACCUGUGCCCAUAACUACGCCCCGCAGCCGCCGCGGGUUCACAGCUAUGACUACGUCUACAGGGGCAACGAUCUGCUGCGGGCCCUGCUCGCGGAGCGGGGAGAGAAGCGCGAGAUCUGCUCGGCGAUAGGCUUCGCCUGCAUCCAGCUCAACCGCACCAUCCACCUGAUUCGGCUGAACGAUGCCUCCGGCUGCUGGGAAUCCGAAACUCGAACGGUGCCAUCCGGCUGUGAGUGCAUGUGGCCCAAGCACAGCUACGGAGAUAUCGGCUUCUACCACCAGACACAGAAGCGGCACGGGGGCGUACGAGGACGUAUCGCCCCACCAUUGACUACAGGCCAGGAGUGGGCUAUCGCCAGCUGA